AGCACGGUCUGUCACUUGAGGUUCGGUGCUGGAAGGGCAGAUCCGUGGACAAAUACACUACAGUUGACUUUGAAAAUGUCGGUCGUCUGUUUCUCCUUGUGUCGCCGCGGUGCCGUGGCAAUCCGUUGCUCUACCGGCAUAAUGACGGUGCGUGGUGCUCAGACUGCGGCCGCCCCUGCCGUUCAGCCCAGAAUAAAGAAGUUCCAGGUGUACCGCUGGGACCCCGACAAGCCUGGGGACAAGCCCCGCAUGCAGACCUACGACAUCGACCUCAACACUUGUGGGCCUAUGGUCCUGGAUGCUCUGAUUAAGAUCAAGAACGAAAUGGACCCCACACUCACAUUCCGGCGCUCCUGCCGAGAAGGUAUCUGUGGCUCAUGUGCAAUGAACAUCAAUGGUGGUAAUACGUUAGCUUGCCUGAACAAGAUUGACUCCAACACUAGCAAAGUGACAAAGAUCUACCCCCUGCCACACAUGUAUGUCGUCAAGGACCUGGUGCCUGACAUGAGUAACUUCUAUGCACAGUAUAAGUCCAUUGAGCCCUACCUGAAAAAGAAGGACGAGUCACAGCAGGGGAAGGCACAGUACCUGCAGACUGUGGAAGACAGACAGAAAUUGGACGGGCUGUAUGAGUGUAUAUUGUGCGCCUGCUGCAGCACCAGCUGCCCCAGUUACUGGUGGAAUGGCGACAAGUACCUGGGCCCCGCGGUCCUGAUGCAGGCGUAUCGCUGGAUGAUUGACUCUCGAGACGACUUUACCGAGGAGCGACUGUCUAAGCUGCAGGACCCCUUCUCUCUGUACCGCUGCCACACUAUCAUGAACUGCACCAAGACUUGCCCCAAGGGACUGAACCCAGGAAAGGCAAUUGCAGAGAUCAAGAAGAUGAUGGCAACCUACAAGGAGAAAAAAUUGUCUGCUGCAUAACCCCUUAUUCCUUGAAUGUUCACAAGUUCCUCUACAUAAUUUAAAGGUUCAGUGACCCUAUAUAAUGUGUGCACAUGUUGUCUUGUACCGAUAUUCUCAAUCACAGUUGGGAAAAGGUCAUUGUAAAAUGUGGGAAUUGUCUACACAAGAAUGCAGGGAACAUAAGUGUGGAUGUGUAUGGAUGGCUGUGUGUGAGAAUGAGAGUGAGUCAAAUUAAGUUAUUCACUAAUCCUGUACCUACUUGUGUAUGGGCUAAUUUCAUAGCCUGAAAGGUCUGUAUGAGUGUCAGUUCUACACUUCAAGUGGGUGUCGGAUUUGUAGAUAUGUAAUGUUUGUCCAGUGUAUAUAUAUACUGUAUGAACUGAUAUACUGAUAUACUGUCAGAUAUUUAACUCCUGUGUUGUAUUUUCAGGAGAUGUGUAAUAUUUAAAAUGUCA